AUGUCUGUAGCUGACUUAAAGGCAAAGGGAAAUGAGGCCUUCACAGCGAAGAGAUAUGAAGAGGCAAUUGAAUGGUACACGAAGGCUAUCAACGUCGAUCCCCAAUCCGAGGGUGCAGCAGCGUUGUACUCUAACAGGGCAGCGUGCUGGAAUGCCUUAGCAAAGUACAAGGAGGCCCUGGAGGAUGCGGAGGGCUGCAUUUCCGUUAAACCGCAGUGGUUUAAGGGGUACUUCAGGAAGGGAGCAGCGCUCCAAGCGAUGGGUAACUAUGACGAGGCGCAGAAGGCUCUUCAGCAGUCUUUAAAAACGGAUCCCAACAACGAAGAACUGAUGGCGAGGUUGCAGGAAAUCAACAACAUAUUGAAGGAGCGCAACGAAAAGGCUUCUCCUGCGUCUUGCCGAACACCUGAAGAGGCUAAAGUUAUCGGUAACUCCCUAUUCGGUGCUGGCAAGUACGAGCGCGCCGCACUCUUUUAUUCACGAGCCAUUGAACUGUCAACCGGAGGUGGUGCCGAAGUUGCUAAUUACUACGCGAACCGUGCGGCUUGUAAUCAACAAACACACAGUUACCAACUUGUCAUUGAUGACUGCAACGCGGCGCUUUCCAUCGAGCCGGCUCACGUAAAGGCGCUUCUUCGUCGCGCAAUUGCGUACGAGGGGUUGGAGAAGUGGAAGAAGGCGCUGGAGGACUAUAACCAGGUUAAUCGACUGGCCCCGGGUAAUCAAUCCGUCUCUCAGGGAGUUCUGCGAUGCCAACGGGCUGUUAGGGGUUAA